GGUGCGUUAGAGGUGGCUUAGCGCGGUUAAUUUGAAUUCGUCUUCAUUCGGCCUCUCACAGCAGGCUCUGGUCGUGGCGUCUGCUGCUCGCUAGUUCCUCCAAGUUGGGCUCUUGGUUUCCUGGGGUAGGGAGAAGGAAGGCUAGAGCGGAGUGGCUGGCCGGUCUGGGCUGAGCCCUGUGCGGGAAUUAUUUCUGAGUAAUUGUGGAUAGGAGGCGUCUGCUAAUAGCUGUUCUGGAUAGAAAGGAGAUGACGACGACCCUUCCUCCCCCCCACCGGAAGUCUUGUAUCUGAUCAGGAUUAAGAAGUGAAAAGAAUUUUAGUGCUAGGUCUAAUCGUGUCGAGCAAUAAUGGACGACUACACAAAAAUAGAGAAGAUUGGUGAAGGAACUUAUGGUGUUGUAUAUAAAGGCAAACACAAAGCUACCGGACAAGUGGUUGCCAUGAAGAAGAUCCGGUUAGAAAGCGAUGAAGAAGGAGUUCCCAGCACUGCAAUCAGAGAGGUUUCCUUAUUAAAAGAGUUGCAUCAUCCUAAUAUAGUCUGUCUCCAGGAUGUGCUGAUGCAAGAUUCAAGGCUUUACCUUAUCUUUGAAUUUCUUUCUAUGGAUCUCAAGAAAUACCUGGAUUCAAUCCCAUCUGGACAGUAUUUAGACCAUAUGCUUGUUAAGAGUUACUUGUACCAAAUUUUGCAAGGUAUCGUCUUCUGUCAUUCAAGAAGAGUUUUGCACCGAGACUUGAAACCUCAGAACUUGCUAAUCGACGACAAUGGAGUAAUUAAGCUGGCUGACUUUGGGUUGGCCCGAGCUUUUGGCAUCCCUGUGCGUGUCUACACACAUGAGGUAGUCACUUUGUGGUACAGGUCACCAGAAGUGCUGCUAGGCUCUGCACGUUAUUCCACACCUGUAGAUAUAUGGAGCAUAGGCACAAUAUUUGCUGAAAUGGCCACUAAGAAACCACUCUUCCACGGGGACUCGGAAAUCGACCAGCUUUUCAGAAUCUUCAGAGCUUUGGGAACGCCCAACAAUGAUGUGUGGCCUGAAGUAGAAUCCUUACAAGAUUACAAAAACACUUUCCCCAAGUGGAAACCAUGCAGCCUAGCCUCGCAAGUGAAAAACCUGGAUGAGGAUGGUCUAGACCUGCUUUCUAAAAUGUUAAUUUAUGAUCCUGCAAAGAGAAUUUCUGGCCGGGUGGCUUUGAAUCAUCCAUACUUUGACGAUUUGGACAAAUCCAAACUUCCAGCCAGUCGGAUCAAGAAAUGCUAACUGCCCUAAAACCACCUGACGGUGGCUGGAGCAAAAAUACCAAAUCUGUGGUAUUUUUACUAUAAAAACUUCUCUAACUUCUGUUUUAUAUGUAUGUAUGUGUGUGUCUUGUCCUGUUCAAAAACUGUAGCCUUACUAAGUGUGCUCUGGUUUAAGUCAUCUUCAAAUGUAAAUAUUAGCUUAUUUGCUACCCAAUUAAAUUGUAAACUGUUGAGUCCAAUAUUAUAUAAAUAAAAACUUUAACUCUA